UUACUCCCAAUACAAAUUCAACGCCUUUUCUCCUGCAGACAAUUUUAUAUCCCUUUCCCUCCCUUUGCAACAAAAACCAGUAAGGUCUGCAGUUGUCCUUGACGGCGGCGCAUAGCCGGAGACUUUGGCAUAUGCUCCGUGAAAGGCGUUGAUGGAAGUAGUAGAAGGAGAACAAUUGAAGAAAAGGAAGCAAUUUGGCGAAUAUUCAAUGCACGUCUCUUCCUCUUCUACGCAUAAUAAUUGGCGAUCUCGCUAUUAUAAACCUCGCAAGUUUUUCGACCGUUAUAGCCUACCUUCAGGUUGGUUAUAUUGCCCUCCAUAUGGUGAUAACAUAGGUUUUAUUAUCCCAUCAAAAGUGCCUUUAAGUGAAUCAUUCGACAAGAACAUCCCUCCUGGAGAAAGAUACACCCCAAAAGAAUUAAUCGACAAGCAAAGAUGUUUAGGAAGAGAAAUAGGACUGGUGGUUGAUUUAACAAACACUGACCGUUACUAUCCAGAAUCAGAUUGGACCAGUCAUGAUAUUAGACAUGUUAAGAUUCGAUGCCCGGGACAGGACUCUGUACCUGAUGCUGAAUCUGUAGAUAGAUUUGUUUCUGAGAUCGUGCAAUUUACAUGUCAAGAAUCUCAAGCAAGCAAGUAUGCUGUUGUCCACUGCACUCACGGUCACAACCGAACAGGAUAUAUGAUUGUACAUUUUCUCGUACGUAAUCAGUCAGUUAGUGUUAGUGAGGCAAUAGCAAUAUUUUCCCGAGCACGCCCUCCUGGAAUUUACAGACAGAAGUAUGUUGAAGCAUUAUAUGACUUUUAUUUGCAAGCAAAGCCUGAACCUCUCGUUUGUCCCCAAACUCCAGAAUGGAAGAGAGAUGCUGAUCAAGAUAAUGAUGCUGUUGCUUCUUCUUCUGGGAAUCUUACAAAAGCAGGAGCUAUGUCAGAUGCAGAUUUUGGGGGCGAACCUAUCCCAUUUGCAGAGGUUCAGAGGAUGAAGAACUUCUGCUAUCAAGUGCUUAAUUUGCAUGUACAGGCUCCAGCAAGGAGUAAUACCCGAAGUCCAGGAUCACACUCGGUCUCUCUCAACAGGGACAAAUUGCAUCUUUUGAGCCAGCAACUCUACCAUGUCACCUGGAGUGCUGAGGGGCCACGAUACAUGAUGCUAAUAGAUAGAGAGGGUUGUUAUUUGAUUGAUACACAGUUCUAUUUCAGGAAGGUUCAGUUGCGGUUUCCUUGCAAAUAUAUCUAUCAGGGUAGAGCUGACGUUACUCAUCGCUACACGUUACUUGAUGGUGAAAUGGUUACUGAGACUGAGCCAGAGACACAAGUGAAGAGGACUAUUUACCUCAUUUAUGAUAUGAUAGCAAUUGAUGAAUCCUCUGUUUCAGAGCUACCUUUCCACCAUAGGUUAAUGCUAAUUGAAGACGAGGUGAUCCGACCCCGAAACUUCGAACGUGAAUUCUUAUUCACAUGUGUAAAUCCAUACUACCAAUAUGACAUGGAACCAUUUGAAGUGAGGAGGAAGGAUUUCUAUUUGAUGUCUGCAGCUUCUAAGCUGAUCAAAGAUAUAACGCCAAGUCUUCCACAUUCAACUGAUGGUCUUAUCUUUCAGGCCUGGAAUGCAACUUAUGUGCCUUGUGAACAUGAUGGGCGCCUGAAAUGGAAAUAUCCCGGAAAGAAUACUGUUGAUUUUCUCUUUGAGGUGGGAGUCGACGGUAGCAAUUUGCUUUAUCUGCAAGAACACGGAAACAAGAAACUAAUUGAAGGUUGCAGAGUCAUGUUUAAAGAUGGGUCUGACUUGUCUCUGUACUCGGGUAGGAUAAUAGAGUGUUCCUGGAACGCUCAUGAAAAUGCUUGGAUCUUUGUGCGGAUCCAAACAGACAAAUCAAACCCAGAUCAUAUUAGUGUCUACGAGGAGGCAAAGCACAGCAUAGAGGGCAAUCUUACAGAGGGUAUCUUGUUAGAUGAGAUUGAUAAAGUAGCAGGUUUACCUAUAUACACUGACUGGGUAAAACGACACAGUGGAUCUUCUUUUAGAAAUGUAUGGAGAAGGCAUUGAGGGAUUUUCUGCUGUUCUUUUCUUUUUCACCAUUGAGGGAUUGAGGUGAGAGGUGAGAGGCGGCGGAGGUUUUAGUCACAAUUAAAAAUGGCUGCAGGUUUUUUGCAAUUACCAUUCAUCAUUCAGGUGGAUUCUUUUUCUCAUUUACUGAUUUUCCAAGUUCAAAGAGUGAUCAUUUAGGGCGUAUCUGGGUUAUGGUGGAGGCAAGAGCUGGGCAUACAAAUUUUCAUUUGCUCAGUCCAUCAGAGCAUCAGAGCGCUGGGGAAUGUAAAGACAAUAUCAAAUUAGAGGUCUAGGUGAUGUUUGGAAAAUUUCCUCGGAAAGUUAGUGUAAAAUAGUAUCAUCUUUUCCUUUUAAACUUAUCACUCGAAGUGGAAGCUUGAUUGUCUAUGCAGGAGCUGUGAUCUUGAAAUGAAAUAUACCUGUUGUUUUCUUUGCACA